CCUCCCUCCCUUAUACUCUCUCUCUCUCUCUCUUUUACACUCUCCUUUCCUCACACUCAUAAGGAUCUCUCAGCGAGCAUGAGAAGACGUGACUGAGUGGACAUUCACGCUGGACUCCUGGACACCGAUGACCUUUAGAGGACAACUCAGCAACUGAGAUUUUCUGCACAUUUCUACACACAUACAGCUCCACUCAGCACCAUGACCAGGAAGGUGUUCACCAACACGAGGGAGCGCUGGCGCCAGCACAACGUCAACACCGCCUUCGCCGAGCUCCGCAAGCUCAUCCCCACCCAUCCUCCGGAGAAGAAGCUGAGCAAGAACGAGAUCCUGCGUCUGGCCAUGCGCUACAUCAACUUCCUGGUGCAGCUGUUGGAGAGCCAGAGCGGUCAGCCGGCCAGCCACUCCCCCACCGCUCUGCUCACCUUUCUCAGAGGAAACAUGGAGCAACUGCACUCCCCUCCACACCCCUGGACCCUGACCAGUGACACAGAAGUCCCCUCACCUGAAUCCAGCUGCGACAGCUCCGAGGCCUGGUAGAACCACAGCCACAAAACAGAAAAAAAACAAAAAACAAACAAAAAAAAACAACUCUUGAGCGGACUCUUUUCCUGGGUUUAAAUGCUGAGCUCGUCCCUCCUCAAGACAAAUUUUUGUCUCUGCAUUUGUCACCCGUGUGUGACUCGUGUUUCAAUGCAGAAGAUGCAAUAUUGUGUGAUAUUUGUGGACUCCACACGUGGCUGAACAUGUGGGCACAGCCUCCACGCUGAUCAGUGUUGAAAUAUGAUUUGCCGGUGAAAAAUUUAUUUGUGUUUUGCAUGGAUGUACAAUAUUCCCUUCAUGUCUUCAUGUUAAUAUUCCUUGUUGCCGGCCGCCUGGAACUAAUUUAGUUUUGCAAUGAGAGGCUGUUUUGCCGAUGAGGAAAAUGGAUGGGAUUAAGGAAUUUCUCAUUUCUCAAGCGAAUAGAUUCAGCAAAGCAUUUGAAUAGAUAAUGGCUCAGCCAAUUCUCCAGGCUGCAAUCGUCUCAAAAUAGCCAUGGGCACUUUCUCUUUUUUUUUUUUUUUUAAACUCGACAUGCAAUUUCUUUCUUGAGAAGACAAAAUCUGACCUUAUCAAGGUUAUGUGACUUCAGAAGAAGCAGUUCUGAGAAAGAACUUCCUGUUUCUCACCACUUUUACACAACGAUAUUCAGUAUUUGUUGAUUACCGACUUUGUGGUGUUUAAGAUUUGGCUGAGGAACUUCUGCAAAACUGACAAUCCUCUUUCAAUAAUUACAUGAUUCACCACACAAAUACCAUUUUAUUUAAAUGUGUUUUCAUUUGAAUUUUUGUAAAAUAAGCAUGUCAUAUAGCCAAAGAUUAUGAAUUGAUUCGCUACUGUGAAGAGUGUGCUAAUUAUCUUCUGAUACCUCUUUUGUAAGUUAUUUUGGUUUGCUUGUUAAUAUACAGUAUGUUAUUUAUUUGAACUAUUUAUUUAAUAAAUGAUUUGUUAAUAAAA